CCCGACUUCUGUCAUAUCCAGUUUAGCUAUCCCACAGUGCUAUUUUUGCUGGCAACAGACAAACUGGAUCUGGGCUUUGUUCAUCUGACACUAACACGGGCCUAGCAAACGAAUUAAUUUGACAUUUAAAUAUUUACAUUUCGUCCUUAUACCACCAGCUAUUUUAGCUAUUGUAAAGAUAUACAACCAACUGGACAUAAAAUACCGGCUAGCUGAAUUUCUAAAAGUUAGCUGGCUUGCUAUCUUAAGCUGCCACCUUUUUGUGUUCUUCGACUUCCGCUGUUUUCAUUAGUGUUCUGAAGCCAUUUGUUUUUCGACACUUUCACAGGUUUUUACUUUUUUACCCGACAAGAUUUCAGCUAACCAAGAUAGGCGGCUCGGGAACUAAGAUGUCGAACCGUGUGGUGUGCAGAGAAGCAAGUCACGCCGGCAGCUGGUACACCGCUUCAGGUUCCCAGCUGAAUGCACAGUUAGAGGGCUGGUUGUCUCAAGCCCAAUCCACCAUCAGACCUGCUCGGGCCAUCAUAGCACCGCAUGCUGGGUACACCUACUGUGGCGCCUGUGCAGCACACGCAUACAAGCAGGUUGACCCUUCAGUUACUCGCAGGGUGUUCAUCCUGGGCCCCUCUCACCACGUCCCCCUGGCCCGCUGUGCCCUCUCCCCUGCAGAGGUCUACAGAACUCCCCUGUACGACCUCAGGAUCGACCAGAAGGUUUAUGCUGAUCUGUGGAAAACUGGGAUGUUCGAGCGCAUGAGCCUGCAGACUGAUGAAGACGAGCACAGUAUCGAGAUGCACCUGCCUUACACUGCUAAAGCCAUGGAGAGCCAUAAAGAUGAGUUCAGCAUUGUGCCGGUGCUGGUGGGGGCGCUGAGCGAGUCCAAGGAGCAGGAGUACGGGAAGCUGCUGAGCAAGUACCUGGCUGAUCCCUCCAACCUCUUCAUCAUCUCCUCUGACUUCUGCCACUGGGGUCAGCGGUUCCGUUACACCUACUAUGAUGAAGCUCAAGGAGAGAUCUAUAGAUCCAUCGAACACCUGGAUAAAAUGGGGAUGGGCAUCAUAGAACAGCUGGAUCCAACGUCCUUCACCAACUACUUGAAGAAAUACCACAACACCAUCUGUGGACGCCACCCCAUCGGAGUACUGCUAAACGCUGUGACUGAGCUGAGGAAGAGUGGCUUAGAAAUGAACUUCUCUUUCCUGAACUAUGCCCAGUCCAGCGAGUGCAGGAACUGGCAGGACAGCUCAGUGAGUUACGCUGCUGGGGCGCUCAUCGUCCAUUGAGGUCAACUUGCUGGGGAACAACGUAGCUUUGCCCCAUCCCCGCCCCCCGCUCUGCCCACAACCUUCUAUCGCCAUAACCUGCCCUGGACACUUCCCCCUAACUACGCCCUCUCUGACACACACACAUACACACACACACACACCUCAUCUUGACAGAAAGGACCCAGACACUCACAGCCACUAUAUACAGCUAACCUUAAUUCCUUAAGUCUGUUAUCUUUGUUCUCUGCCCCCCACCCCCCUCACAUCCCACCUACCUCUCAGUUUGAAGUGAGCUCUUGAUUGAAACUGUUUGCUUAAAGUGCAGUUGCAGUAUGAGGUUGUUGCAGGUUUGGAAGAGACAGUAUAUGGGUGUGGAGCCAGGCUGAGGAAAGGGGAUUGCUAUGACAGUAGUUGUCCUUUUUAUACUUUUAGAAAAGUAUAAAUGAUGUAACAAGCAUUCAUCUUUACAGUUGUGCUCCCCUCAGCCUUGUGCUCAUGUAAUCUGCCCCGGGGAAGGAAGAAUAAUAAAACUACAGAUGAAAAAGGAAAAUAAAUCAAGAAUAUUUUAAUUAAUAUGAGACAAGGAUUGAAAUGAGUGUUUUGACUGACUACUACUAGUUCUUAAUCCUAGUGAGAUCAUGAGACGAGCUUCGCAGGUCGGUAGCUACAACCAUCGUUGUUAAAACAAGCUGCCUACUGGUUUAGUUGCUACAAAGGGCAAGUUCACUAACCAUCUGCUGUACAAAACCAAAAACCUGUUUUAUAUAUAUAUAUUACUCUCAUAUUAGUAUAUUCAAAUAUUAGCAUUUCCAAUUAUCCUUUGUUCCUAUUAUCUUUGAUUUGAUGGUUUUGUAGUUUGAGGUGGCGUAUUGACGGGUGAUAUGGUGUAAAACAAACUCGGUGUUAUCAUGCUAGCUUCAAAGACAGUUACAUACAAGCGGUUCAGUGACAGUGGAACUGUACUCUGUCUCCAGAACAGCCUCUACUGGAUUCCUACCUGAGUGCAGCUGUGGGUGCCUGAGUAGGGACGUUAAGAUUCAGCUCUUAAGAAGACCACCCUUUAAAUAGCCACAAACCGUUUGUUAGUCGACUUGCUCAAUAUUUGUGAUUUUACAUUUAUUAAGCCUUAACUGUCACCCCUAGAUGCAUAGUUGGAGUUAUCCGUUGGUCAGGAUGGUCAUUACAAACACAUCCCUCUGGUCUCCUGUGCUCAUGCUGGCUAGCGCCUGGUUUCUGGAUUAGAGUGCUAGUAUGUUCAAUACUACCACAUGGCUACAGGACUCCCCCUGACCUACUGGAGGUGGAAGGCAAAUUCAAGAUAAGCAUGUCACACUGUGUGCUAUUGUGCCUUGAAUCACAUCAACUUCUGAGGAGGCUGUUUGCAUUAUUGUUCAGUCUUAUUUAGAAUGUGUACUACUUUUUUUUUCUUAUUUCUAAGUCACUCUGCUUAGCUAGUCCCCAACAUGGCCGCCAGUCACCCCACCACUCAAGUGAUUGGUCCAUUGCUGAAGGAGAACUGUGAUUGGUCCAUUGCUGAAGGAGAACUGUGAUUGGUCCAUUGCUGAAGGAGAACUGUGAUUGUCUUCCUUCAGCAGGAAAGGGGAGGCCUGUCUCUGCUACACCUCCUGUCCCUCAGGCAGACCCAGCCUGAGCUACACUGUCUCUACUCAACAGGCUCUUUAGGGUUUCUUUACGUCGGUUUUUUGUAUGUAUUAUUAUUGUUGCAUAGAGUGAAAGGUCACAAGUCACAAACCUCCAUAAUGAAAUAUACUUAAGUGCUCCCAAAAGGAGUUUUCUAAUCUCAGGUUCCACAGAUAAAACAUCAUUAAAUGCUCUCCAAUUAAGAUGUAGGAUUCAUGUUACAAAAAAAGUAAAAUUUACUGAAAAUUAA